AUGGCUUCGGACAAUUACAAUUACAAAGACAAAAAUGCAGUUUUUCGAAAACUCAAAGCCAAGCCCGAAAACAAGAUGUGUUUUGAUUGCUAUUCGAAGAAUCCGACAUGGGCGUCGAUAACAUAUGGAAUUUUCUUGUGUAUUGAUUGCUCCGCCGUUCAUCGGAGCCUUGGCGUCCAUGUCAGUUUUGUCAGGUCAAUACUUUUAGAUUCAUGGACACCCGAGCAACUGAAAAUUAUGGUACACGGAGGAAACAAUCGCGCGCAAUAUUUUUUCAAGCAACACGGAUGGAGUGAUGGAGGAAAGAUCGAGUCCAAAUACACAUCAAGAGCUGCUGACCUCUACCGGCAAAUUCUGUCCAAAGAAGUCGCUAAAAGCAAUGCUGAAGAAGCUUCCGGACAUCCUUCAUCACCGGGUGUCGCGGGAGCUUCAAAUGGAUUCAAGAAAAUCGAUGAAAGCAAUCAUCAAGAAGAGGGUUCUUUGCCCAAUUCCCCAACUUUUAGUGAAUCCUCCGCGGAGGUGACUAGAGUACAAGUGUCGGUUGCGCCAAGAGCCCGCCCGACAGUUUCCAAGGCCAUUAAGAAGCCUCUUGUCGCCAAGAAAAUCGGUAAGACUACAAGCGGGCUUGGCGCGCGAAGGCUUACUAGCAAGAAUAACGAUAGCCUUUACGAGCAAAAGCCAGAAGAGUUGCACUUCGAAAUUUCUUCAAGAAAUUCAACGAAAGAGAGCAAUCCCGAUGCCGGUUAUGUAUUUACUUCUCGAUUUGAGUAUAAGGAUUAUACACAACCUAAUGAUGUGAAUCAAUAUAGCAAUAAUGUUGCUAUUCGACAUGUAUCUCCUCCCAAGUCAUCUAAUUCUUCUAAUAUAGACGACGACGACGUGCAUGACGCCGGUUUCCUCAGAAAGAUUUCAAGUCUACCAAAAUUUCAGGUGGAUGAAACCGAUGAAGCCAGAAAGAAGUUCUCCAAUGCAAAAUCGAUUUCAUCAGCUCAAUAUUUCGGUGUUCAAAACAAGGCCAUGGAUCCCGAAGUAUCAGCUUCUUUACAGAAGUUUUCGGGCUCUUCAGCAAUUUCUAGUGCUGAUUUUUUUGGCAAUAAUUCAUCCAAAUACUCCGAAUUCACUCCAAAUGAUCUAAUGAAUCGUUUGUCGUACCAGGCUCAACAUGACUUGUCGUCGCUCAAGAACAUGGCUGGAGAAACUGGAAAACGGUUGAGCUCCCUCGCGAACAAUCUACUUGCCGAUCUUCAGGACAGGGUUUUGUGA